CUCAAAAAUAGCCCACUCUCACCGCGAAGUCGAAGUCGACGUCGGCGUCGGCGUCGGCGUCUGCGUCGGCACACGACGUCGUUUUCAGUUUGUCCGUAUCACGUCGGUCGAAAAGACGAGCUAGACGACGGGAGGCGUCGCCGUUGUCGUAUUUUCAAAAUGAUUCUCGAAUCGCUCGGACCAUCUGUCUAUUAAUUAACCCUUUGCUCCCGGUUCCUCGGUGGGUAGGUGUCGUUAGAGCUAGUGAUUCGGUGAGCUUGCGCCGAGCCUCGCGCUAUAUCGAGAUCCGUCCGCGCUCGGUCGAGGUGCGAAGCAGUGAAUAAGGUGGCUAGAACGGGACGACCUCUCGGACAGCGGGGGCCACGGGGGGCAGGGGACGAGGGAUAAAAUCGGGGACCGUCGUCCCGUGGACGUGCGUCGCCGCGAGGACGAUUUAUUUUACCCCCCCGCAAGAAAAUCCGGCCCCCGACGAAGGUGGGGGGCGCCCUGAAAAAGUCAUGGGCAACGCCUCGACCAAGGCCACCUACCCCAAGAGCCCGACGGGCACCGGAAGUGCCUCGAAGAGGGUGCACUGGAGUGGUCCAGGUCUUCCCGCGCCUCCCGGCAAGCCGAUUCUGGUCCCCGGUACCGAAGAAACGCAACCGGACGUCGUCAGUAUACGAUGGGAGAGGUCACCGAGCAACGGAGGAUCGGCGAUCGUUGGAUACCUGGUGGAACAUCGACGCAUGGGAUCGCCGCACUGGGUUCGAGCAACCCCGAUACUUUGCACCUUUCCCGAGUUGACGUUGAGCGGCCUCGAACCGGGAUGGCGGUACCAGUUCAGAGUUCGCGCCCAAAAUGCCUUGGGACUCUCCGAACCGAGCGAAUUGUCCGAUCCUCUGACGGUCACGCUUCAGAGAUCCGCGGCCAGUACACCGCACUUCGACCUCGAACUCAAGGACAUGGUAGCUCUGGAAAACGAGCAGGCCGAAUUCGUCGUGCAGUUUUCCGGGACACCGUUGCCGAAGAUAUCAUGGUUCAAGGAUGGUUUCGAGAUAUUCAGCAGUCGGAGAACCAGAAUCAUCACCGAAAAUGGAAAAAGUUCUUUACUGAUUCAUCAGACCGCGUUGAACGACGAAGGGGAGAUCAAAUGCACCGCGACGAACAGAGUCGGACAUAUAAGCACCAAAGCAAAACUCGUACUCGAAGCACCCCCGCGAAUCCGGUUGCCUCGUCAGUACGAGGACGGUCUCCUCUUCGAACAGGACGAGACGAUAAGGUUGAAGGUCUCGUUGGCUGGACGACCUUUGCCAAGUGUCACUUGGCUCCACGACGGCGAAGUCAUACCGGUUGACCAGAGACACAUAAUCGAAUCGAUGGAAGGUGAAUGCGUGCUAAAAAUCCCUGACGCAAAAAGAGCCGAUCGCGGAGAGUACACGGUGAAAGCUUCCAACAAACUCGGGGAGGACAUCUCCUCGUUUCUGGUUACGGUCACAGAUCGACCCUCAGCACCGGGUAAAGCUAUUGUCACGAUGACUCUCGGACGAUCAGUGACACUCUCCUGGAAGGAACCAGACGACGAUGGGGGUUGUAAAAUAGGGACUUACAUCGUAGAAUAUUAUAGAAUCGGGUGGGACGUGUGGUUGAAAGCGACUACUUGUCGACAGCUUACUACGACCCUUGGCGAACUGAUAGAAGGAUCCGAAUAUCGUUUUCGAGUAAAAGCGGAGAAUCCAUACGGAGUGAGCGAUCCCAGCGAGGAGAGCGACGUAGUUUUCGUACCGGAUCUGAAAAGGGGGAUCACCGAACCCCCGCUGAAGGGGAAAUCCCAAAGCCAGCGCGAUAUUAACAAAACUAAAGAAAAACGUGAGGUAAGUUUCGCGGAACCCGUGCAAAGGACGAGAAGUCUAACGCGGGAAGAGGCUGCGAGGGGCUUGAGAGAACCGAGUCCGGAGUGGACCGCGACGAAGAAUCGGAGCGCGGGGCGUUUGAGUCGCGCGGACGGAGCGAAAUCAGCCGAAAAAAUCGGCCCUGAGAACAAAACCAAACCGAAUCCAGAUCCACCGACGAGAGCGAGGAAGUUGCCGAAGCAGGAGAAAAUCGAGACCUCCGAACCACUCGAAACUCGGAAGGCUGACGAGGUAAAAAUCGAUCCCACCGAAUAUUCUAGCGAAUUGAAUGCGAACGCACCCACCUUGCAAAAGGGGAAUUUCAGUUUCGCUGGGCAAAGAACUUUGGAACCAAAUUUGUCGCGUGUACAGCGCGCCGCUUAUCGGGAGUCAAGGUCCAGAUCGUUGUCGAGAGAGAGGAGUCCGUCGCCCUUGACGAUGCCGAAGAUACAAGAAUCUCACGUGGAAUUAUUGUCGGCUACUUCGCACGCAACAACCGGGAAUCUAGUUCUCCAGAAACAGAGAACCGUCGACAGUUUGCCCGUUAUUAGAUCUCCCGAAUUAUCUCUUAAAAAGCAAAAUACGGUCGACGGUAUUCCACUCUCACCUACCUCUCCCAGGGAAAAUGACGUCAGUAUGCUUCACGGCAGCUCUGAAUUCAUGCUCGUACUCUACCCGGAAGAGGAGGUGAAAAGGAUCAGUCCGGCUCGUUCGAAUAUUUUGGGGCUCGAAGGGAUGCAGAUAGAGGCGGAACCCGAAACGGAAGAUCUGGUUCCCCCUCCGCUGUCGCUCUCGUUGCCAGAACUUUUCAGCGUCGGUCACGAGGUGGUGGAAAUUCUUCGCGAGGCCGUAAGUUCCACGGAACUGCUGCACGAGCGAGCGAUGGAACGUUUUUAUCACGCGGUAGCGAUCGAAGAAGCGGAAUUAGCAAAACGGAAGGCUCGGACCGAGAAACGAACCGGGGAACUGGCCGGUCUGAGCGGCAACGCGUCGCAAAAGGGAGAAGUCAGAAUAAGAAUAAAUUCCCUGGAAACAAUCGAUUGCGAAUCACCCGAGAGAAGAUUGUCGCUGAGGCGAAGACUGUCGAACACGGGUUUCGCGAGUCAAAUCGCCUGGCAGACGCAAAGGGAUCGCCGAAGGUCGAGCGAAGGGCAGGGCGACGCGCCCGUGACGUUGAGCCCGCGGAGUAGCGUGUUGCUGGACGCUUCGUCCGAUCCAAAUUUAACGUCGGAUCACAACAUACCCGCGAAACUCGAUCAGCCGGAAAAAUUGCACAGAUGGGACUCGAAGAACAUGCCGUUGUCGGUGGAGGACACGAAACUCGACGAGGAAUCGUCCGCGCCCGCGGAGGCGCCGGAAAAAGUAGCGGAGAGCGUGGAGACCUCGGUGGAAUCGUCGGAGGAGGAGAGCAGCGACAGCGAGGACUUGAAAUUGUUGAAGGCCAGAAUAUUGGCGCAACCGAUAAUCGACGAGGAAGAUACUUAUCACCCGAGAGGUAGGCCUGUGCAACACGUCAGUCCGGAUCCACCGGAUGUUCCCGAUCACGCGACAUCGAUAUCGGACGUCCCGCCACCCGUUCCCACCAGACCCGUUUCUCUGCCCUCCUCGCCUACGAAUUUGGUGCCGAAAUCGAUACUGAAAAAACGCACGGAGACCGACGCGAUCCCACUGAACCAGUUCGGCAGACCCGUACCGCCGGAAAAACCGAUCCGUAAGUCGCUGCAGUCCGAGGAACAGUCGCAGCCCCAAAGUCCGGGAGAUACGGAGGAGGUACGAGUCGACGAACCGCAGCAGCAGACGGUUACUUUGAGAAAAAAAUCGCUUACCAGCGUAACGGAUUCCGCGAAAGGUGCGGCGAUAUCCGAAUCGGAUAUCGACAAUUCGAACGUUCUCUCGGCGGCGGAAGUCGCGAGGACGCGACGGAGACAACUGAGACAAGCUUCGCUGGAAGAAGAAGCCGAGGCCACCAUGGCGGUGGUCAGUUAUUACACGGAAAUAGUGAACGCUGUGUCGCACAAGGCUAACAACGGUACGGCCGACAAAAUUGGCAGAAGAGGUGUCGCGGACGCGCCGGAAUAUUCUGCGGAAACGAUUGAGAAGACUUCCGUUAAAAUUGCUAAAGAUGCGGCGACGGAACUCAGCGUGAGUCCGACGGCGAAGAACGACGUCGGCAGAGGUUCUCGGAAGUCGAUGGACCGCGAGAAGCAGGCGAAAGUCAAACGAAAUUGCGCACCCUCCGAGGAAACGACGCCUGUCAAGGAUCAGAAGGAUCGUACGAACCGGAAAGGCCGCGCGACUUCCAGAAACGAAUCGCCGGCACCCAGAUCGAGGAAUGUGUCGAAAGAGAGGGGCUCGUCCAGACCGUCCUCGAGAGCGGAGAACCGCGGUGUUUCUCAGGAGAAAUCAUUUCCUCAGCGCGGUAGGCCCACCGCGAGGACGACUUCGGAAGACUCUCGAUCAUCGAGGGAAAAAUCGCUCGACAAGAGGAAAUCCAGUCGGCCGAAUUCCAGGUCAAAUUCCAAGGAUCGUUUUCGACCGGAAACGCCCACCAAGGUGAAGGUCGAACGUCUUCAGCAGGCUCUCGGUAGCCGGAAAUACCGUCCGAUCAGACGACACUCCGAUACCGUAGCCGAGUCGACCGCGGACGUUGAGAAAAAAGUUAGAUCCACGAUAAGUUACUUGACGGACUUGACACUGCUGACCGCUGCGGCUUACGUUUAUUUCCUGAAAAGUGAGAUCCUAGCGAUUCCUUUCAUCGGUCUUCUGCUGUAUCGUCAAAUUCAAGAAGAAAUCGAAAGGCGGCUACCAAAAUGGUGGAAACGUCACAAACAAGGGUCGAUCAAUCCUACGAAUUAAACUUCAUCACGAAAGACACUUAUUCGCUACAAUUUAUUUAUUUAAUUAAUUUAUUAAAUAUUAAUAACUCACACAUAUUACGCCUGUAUAUCUUGUGUACUAUUGUUACAAUAAUUUGUUAAAUUUAUUAUCAAUCUAUAUUUCGAUCUUCCAAAGCGAAAGGUAUAUACCUCUAUGUAUUAUCGUGUAAAUAAUAAGAACAUAAUUUAAGGUCA